AUUAUCAAACACUUUCAUGACUUCCUGGUACAGAAGCACCACCAAAAUCCGGCAGAGCUGUAGUGUUUAAUUGGCACCCUUGCUAGUACAGCGUUAGUUAGGUGAUCAACUUCAGUCCGUACAGAACUGAAACAUGACUCGGUUUGUGGCCACCGUGGUGGCUUGCCUGAUUGUGUGCGGCAAGUUGGCAGACACCGCACAAGACGGUUACUGUUUCCGGUAUCGUGACCCGCUCGGCUCACGGGGUAAGUGCCAGCAACUGGUGGAGAGGUUACCGGGCCCCGACGGUGCCCCCGUGGACACGAGAGAGGCGUGCUGCCUGCUGGGCGCCGAGGGUUGGUCCAAUAAGAUCAGCGGGAAGAGGUGCGCGGCGGCGUGUGAAGUACCGGGGCCAGUGGAGGUGCAGGCACCGCAGGUUGUCCAGCAGGUUGCUGAAUACGAGGAAGACCAAAAUUCGGUUGAAGGCGUAUGGAGAAGGUGGAGUGACUGGCAGCCAUGUUCUGUCACGUGCGGUGCGGGAUUUGAAGAGAGAAGGCGAGUUUGUAGACCCUCCCCCGAUAAUCCCGACGACAACUUUCAGUGUUCAGGGGACAGAGUUGAGCAUCGAGACUGCAACGCCGGCAUUAUAUGCCCCGUGCACGGUCAAUGGGGCGAGUGGUCUCUGUGGAGUGAGUGUAGCGCCACCUGCGGUGACACAAUGGCCAGGUUUCGUGAGUGCGAUUCGCCCAGCCCACAAUUUGAGGGGAACCCGUGCGUCGGAGAGAGCAGAGAGGUGCAGUGGUGCAACGAUAAGAGGCACUGCCCGAUUCAUGGAGGUUGGAGGGAAUGGUUAGACUGGUCCCCGUGCUCGGUUACCUGCGGACGCGAUGGGGAACGCAGACGCAUCCGUAAGUGCACGGCGCCAAGGCCUCGGUACGGCGGCCGUGACUGCGUCGGCGACCAGACGGACAUCCGGUCUUGCAAGGCAAACGCCCUCAACUGCCCAGUUGAUGGCGGAGUCAGCGAGUGGGGUCAGUGGCGAUGUCAGGGGGAAUGCACAGGUGAAGGGUUUGCGCUGCGGUCGCGCUCAUGCACCAACCCCGUACCACGGCACGGAGGGAGGCAAUGCCAAGAACGACUCAACGAUAUCAGAGAUUGCUCUAAGGUCAUCUGCCCAGUUGACGGUAUGUGGAGCACGUGGUCACCCUGGAACGACUGCUCGUCGACCUGUGGGAAGGCCAGCUUCAAAACCCGCACGCGGCAGUGCGACAAUCCGCCACCGCAGAACGAAGGGCUCAAAUGCCAGGGGGAGAAAUUCGAUAAUGAAAACUGCAAACUGGCCCCCUGCCUGGGCGAUGGGGACUCAUCCUAUUCCGCGUCAGCCGACUCAUCUGUAGAGGGAGGGACCACUCCGCCAUGUGACGAUGAAGAUUACCCUUCUCCGACGGGAGAGGGCGGUAGUGGCUGCCGGGAUCCUACCGACGGUAGCGGUAAUGACGUCGACAACGGCGAAAUAUCGAGUUUGGAAUAUGAAUGAAUGGUGACAGUAUAUAACGCAGAGGUAUCUAGAGGUGUGUGGAACAAAUUAAAGUAGCUCCCGCAGCUCUUUUCAUUUUGAAAAAAAAAAAUCCUUCAAUUGUUAAAACGUCCUUCGCGUUACCUUCGAAAUUGAGGCCGCAACGUACUACAGAAAUAUCCAGGAUCGGGAAUAGAUACCAAAUAUUAAGAUGUAUCCAAAAUUAAGAUAACCACCUUGCACUGUUUCAUGAGCACCUCGCGGUUGUGAUGAAACAUCUGUUGGCCCAAAUGCAUUUGUUUGCAGGAAAUCACUGUAACAUUUAUACAUUUUGCGGAACCUUGAUUUUCCAAAGGGGGGGGGGGGAGCCGGUUCGGGGCGUUGAAUUCGAACAUUUUUCCAAGAGGUUAGAGUGGCCUCAAGCAAGAAACCAUAGUGAUUGAUGAUGUCAUUUAGGGAACAACAUUGAUCGGUCGGGUAUGUUAGAGUCACGACUGAUGUGAAUCUCCUUUAAAUUGUAUUUCUCUUCUUCUGUCUUAGGUUUGAUUAAUAUAACUUGUCCUAACUUUUCAAAUGAACCACGAAGGGAAACUGACCAGGUGUCUACUUUGUAAAGUCUACUUUGUUGAUUAUAAAUAAAGAUCAGUCAGUACAGACACAUGUGUCUGCUUUACUGUU